CUGGAUCCUCCACGUAAAUGUUGCAUAGGUGGAACUUUUUCUCUCUGAUUGGACAGCGGCUGUGUGGAUGCGCGUGGGGAGCUGUGGGCGUGUCUCCGCGCCGUGACGGAUAAAACGCACAGGGCACCUUGCGGAGACCCGGGUACCGCUCUGUGUCUUUGGGGUGGUGAGGCUUCAUCAAGGGCGUUGUGGUGAUUUAAUCAGGGAAGGGGACAUUCAGAGCAGUAGCUCCAUAGAAGAUAAAAUGCCUGCUCAGAAUAAAGGUGACGGAGGAUGGAAGAAGUUUAUGUGGAAUUCCGAUACGAGGGAGUUUCUGGGACGCACCGGUGGCAGUUGGGCAAAAAUCCUCUUGUUCUAUGUCAUCUUUUAUGGCUUCCUGGCUGGAAUCUUCAUUGGCACCAUCCAGGCACUUCUUCUUACCUUGAGUAGCUACAAACCCACCUGGCAGGACAGAAUUACUCCUCCAGGACUUACUCACUCUCCACGUUCGGAGAAAGCAGAGAUAUUCUUCACCGUGAAUGAUCCAUCUACAUAUUUGAAAACCACAAAAUCUAUAAAAACGUUUCUGCAGGCUUAUAAUGAUGAAAUCCAGCGUGAUCAACUGAAGUUUGAAGACUGUGGAGAGCAACCUGAUGGCUAUAAGAACAGAGGAGAUCUGGAAAGUGAAAUAGGUAUUAGAAAGGCAUGUCGAUUCCGAAAGGAUCUACUUGGGCCUUGCUCAGGCACUGAGGAUCAGUAUUUUGGAUUCAGUGAUGGAAAACCCUGUCUGAUUAUCAAACUUAAUAGGAUUGUAAAUUUUAGACCAAAGCCACCACAGUCCAACGACAGUGUCCCAGAAGAGGUCAAGUCUAAAGUUCAACCUAAUUUGAUACCUCUUCACUGCACAAGUAAGAAAAAAGAAGAUGAAGAAUUGCUUGGGCAAGUGGAAUACUAUGGAAUUGGUGGAGGAUUCCCUCUUCAGUAUUAUCCUUACUAUGGCAAGCUUCUGCACCCACACUACCUACAACCUUUGGUGGCCAUUCAGUUCGUAAACAUUACAAUGAACCAAGAGAUACGUAUUGAGUGCAAAGUGUACGGUGAGAACAUACUGUACAGUGACAAAGAUCGCUACCAGGGGCGUUUUGAUGUAAAAAUAAAAAUUAACAACUAUUGACCUCCAUUAUGAGCACAGUACCAUCAGUCUCACCCAGUUUUAAGGCAAAAUAAAAACUCUCUAGACUUGGGGUCUACCAAGGUGCAAUUUCCUCACUGGUCUUCCACAGUCUUACUGAGAGAAAGUUUUUAUCAGUAUACAAAUGUUUCCUGUCAGAAAUUGCCCUAGGAAACGUCACCAGAGGAAGUUUCAACAAUUAGACUAAUGAACUAUAAUGUGAGACCUAAUUAUGUCUGCUUCAGUGCAAGAUUUUCUGCUUCUGUAGAGAGUUAGAAUGCAAACGCUUGAAGGAGUAGCCAUAGCAUAUUAGAAUAUUCUAAUAACAGUCUAUUCUGAAACUAGACUAAAAAUAAGGUAAUUUAUCUAAGGGACAUCAAGUCCACCCUGAAUGUAAUCAACACAGUUUAUCUAUCUGUUCCUGUACUGCCACCUUUUGUGGCUUUCUUCCAUUAAAACAAUGCAUGAUAUUUACAUAGGUUCUGUAGGUUAUUUCAAAGCAAGCCAAAGCUGUUCUAGCUUUGUUAACUGUGCAGUUCUUAUUCACUGUCAACACAAAUGUGGUAGUGUUUCAUUUAGCUAUUUUAGAGGUUUUAUUAAUACACGUCAUGCUUCUUUUUUCUUUAAUGUUUCAGUGGAUAUGGAUAGUCGUUUUUUGUUUUUGUUUUUUAAUCACUGAAUGUAUGUAAAUGUUGCCUUUAAAUGUAAACCUGUUUAACCCAUGUUGGAAGUACUGAGUAUAAUGUUCUUGUACUCCUUGAUCUGAUGCAUCAAUCAAAAAACAAGGUCUUAAGAGUGUGUAUAAGGUGAUCCAAUUCUAUAAUUGCACAUUAUUAUAUUUUUUUGCAACAAAUGUGUGGUAUUAUACAAAAAAUAUUACGACAGCAUAAAAAUGUUAUAAACACUGCAGUGACCCAUCUGUAAAAUGUUUUGUAGAAUUGUGCAGUCAAAGUCUACCAUCAAACCUGUCUCUCCCUUUAAUUCUUAUGCUGAAAUUUCCCAAAAGCACAGCAUAAAGAUAACUUUAGAUUGUUGAGAAAGUGUAAGCCUUUUCUCUAAAAGUGCACAUUGCUUUGGAGAAAGAGCUAAUUCUUUGGAUGGAAUUAAGCGAGAUUAAAUAAAA